UGGAACAGGUGGAACAGAGUGGAACAGGUGGAACAGGAGGAACAGGUGGAACAGGACGAACAGGUGGAACAGGAGGAACAGUUGGUACAGGUGGAACAGGAGGAACAGGUGGAACACUUGGUACAAGUGCAACAGUUGGUACAGGUGGAACAGUUGGUACACUUGGUAAAGGUGGAACAGGUGGAACAGGUGGAACAGUUGGUACAGGUGGAACAGGUGGAACAGGUGGAACAGGAGGAACAGUUGGUACAGGUGGAACAGGUGGAACAGUUGGUACAGGUGGAACAGUUAAUACGGGUGAAACAGGAGGAACAGGUGGAACAGUUGGUACAAGUGGAACAGUUGGUACAGGUGGAACAGUUGGUACAGGUGGAACAGUUGGUACAGUUGGUACAGGUGGAACAGGUGGAACAGUUGGUACAGGUGGAACAGGUGGUACAGGUGGAACAGUUGGUACAGGUGGAACAGGAGGAACAGUUGGUACAGGUGGAACAGGUGGAACAGGUGGAACAGUUGGUACAGGUGGAACAGUUGGUACAGGUGGAACAGGAGGGACAGUUGGUACAGGGUGAACAAGUGGAACAGUUGGUACGGGUGGAACAGGAGGAACAGUUGGUACAGGUGGAACAGGUGGUACAGGUGGAACACUUGGUACAGGUGGAACAGUUGGUACAGGUGGAACAGGAGGAACAGGAGGAACAGUUGGUACAGGUGGAACAGUUGGUACAGGUGGAACAGGCGGAACAGGUGGAACAGGAGAAACAGGAGGAACAGUUGGUACAGGUGGAACAGGUGCAACAGGUGGAACGAGUGGAACAGGUGCAACAGGAGGAACAGGUGGAACAGGACUAACAGGUGGAACAGGAGGAACAGUUGGUACAGGUGGAACAGGAGGAACAGGUGGAGCACUUGGUACAAGUGCAACAGUUGGUACAGGUGGAACAGUUGGUACACUUGGUAAAGGUGGAAAAGGUGGAACAGGUGGAACAGUUGGUACAGGUGGAACAGGUGGAACAGGUGGAACAGGAGGAACAGUUGGUACAGGAGGAACAGGUGGAACAGUUGGUACAGGUGGAACAGUUGGUACAGGUGGAACAGGUGGAACAGGUGGAACAGUUGGUACAAGUGGAACAGGUGGAACAGGUGGAACAGUUGGUACGGGUGGAACAGGUGGAACACUUGGUACAAGUGAAACAGUUGGUACAGGUGGAACAGUUGGUACAGGUGGAACAGGUGGAACAGUUGGUACAGGUGGAACAGGAGGAACAUUUGGUACAGGUGGAACAGGUGGUACAGGUGGAACAGUUGGUACAGGUGGAAAAGGAGGGACAGUUGGUACAGGGUGAACAGGUGGAACAGUGGGUACAGUUGGUACAGGUGGAACAGGUGGAACAGGAGGAACAGUUGGUACAGGUGGAACAGGUGGUACAGGUGGAACAGUUGGUACAGGUGGAACAGUUGGUACAGGUGGAACAGGUGGAACAGGAGGAACAGGAGGAACAGUUGGUACAGGUGGAACAGUUGGUACAGGUGGAACAGGAGGAACAGAUGGAACAGAUGGAACAGAUGGAACAGGAGGAAGAGGUGGAACAG